AUGCAUUCUCUCUCAUAAUUCAUCCCCCCUAUAUAUACAUACACCACACAUUUACAUACACAAUCACUUAUCUCUAACCCCAAACAUCCCAAAGCCUUCUACUCAAUUGCAUGAACGAAUAAAUCAAAAAAUGGGUUUGCAAAACCAGCUCUCCGACGUGUCAUCCGAAUCCAUCCUCAUACUCACAGUGGUGCUGAUCGCCAAAAGCGUACGUUAUCUCCGAUCCCUUCUCUCCACUAUCCUGCGCGCAAUCGGCGUAUUCUCCCCCGACCGCCCCCAUUCCGGCGCAUCCCCGCUAUACAGCGCCGUGGGGUCCGGUCUGGCCGGAGUCAUCCUCCUCUGCGAGCAGAUGAAUCUGAACCGGGCCUACCCCUACGCGAACCGGUCAGGCCGGUGCGCUUCGGACUGCGUGGUGUGCCUGAACCGGUUCGAGGACGGGGAGGCCGUGCGCAAGUUAGCGUGCCGCCACGUGUUCCACAAGGACUGCAUCGACGGCUGGCUCGACCAGCUCAACUUCAGCUGCCCACUCUGCCGCGCGCCGCUCGUGGCCGAGGAGCGCGUGGAUCGCACGAGGAGGCGCGUGGCCGGCGACGUCCUGGCUUGGUUCCCCUUUCAGUAGUAACGAAUCCAUCGGUGGCGCGUGGUGAUCAAGUCGCCCCUUUUCGGUUUGUUCCUUGUUUGAUGUCAAUGGUUUUUCGACCAUUGACUUUUACAUUUCAUUUUUCUUUUUCUCUUUUUUUUUCCCUCUUUGUUGAGCAUGAGAGGGUAUUUUUUUCUUUGUUUUUUGAAGAGUCGCAUAGACGACUCUUUUGCAGCUGUACAAAAUAUUAGCCGGCCGACUCUUUGAUCUUAAGAAUGCUUGUUUUAAAAAUGAGUGAUUAUCCUUCUUCAA